AUGUUCCGGAAUUUUAACAUAGAAUGUAAAUAUUCACCACCGGAUGUAACAAACCCUGACACCUGGAAAAAAUUAGCUGAUGAGAAGUUGAACAAAUUUAAAAAUUCCCAUGUAUAUUCAACAAUCAAACCACCAAAGAAUGUUAUUUUAUUCAUUGGUGAUGGAAUGAGCCUCAACACAGUAACUGGUGCAAGAUAUCUGAAGGCAGAGAAAAUGAAUCUUCAAGGUGGUGAUGUACACUUAGAAUGGGAUGACUGGCCCGUCACAUCACUUGUUCGCACAUUUAAUUCGGAUAGGCUGACAACAGAUUCUGGGUCUGCUGCCACUGCAUUUUUGUCAGGUGUCAAGGGUUAUUUCAAAACUCUUGGUGUUACUGGCAAAGUGAAAUGUUGUGAAUGCACACAAUUGAAAGAGGAACAAAAGGCGAAAUCCUCUCUUCUGCAUGCAUCAAAAUCAGGACUGUCUACUGGGAUUGUGACUACUACAAGAAUUACUCAUGCAACUCCAGCAGCAGCAUAUGCAAAUAUUUUGCACCGAGACUGGGAGUCGAUAGGGCCAACAAGCAGUUCAGGACACAAAUGUAUGGACAUUGCUGCCCAACUUCUUACAAACGCCUCCGACAUCAACGUUAUAAUGGGAGGAGGAGCAACAGGAUUCUAUGGAUCAUCGUCAAGGCUCGUGUUUUCAGCUACGGGAGAUCGUUCCGAUUCACGCAACCUUCUUGAAGAAUGGCUUAAUAUUCAAUCUGAAAGGCAGCGCAAACACAGAGUCAUGCAUACAAAUAGAGAGUUUAAGGAAACGAACUGGUCCUCUGUUGACUACGUUCUAGGUUUGUUUGCUCCAAAUCAUUUCGACUACUACAUUAAUAAUAAUACAAACCAACCAAGUUUAGCUGAUAUGACAGAAGCUGCAAUCAAAGUAUUAUCUCGUAAUCCAAAAGGAUUUCUUCUCUUAGUGGAAGGAGGUCGAAUUGAUCAUGGUCAUCACUCUAAUCAAGCACAAUAUGCACUAACUGAAACUUUGGAGCUGGAAAGAGCUGUGUCGAGGGCUGUAAACCUUGUCGACUCAAGUGAGACAUUGUUAAUGGUUACAGCUGAUCAUUCACAGGCUUACGGAUUAGUCGGUUAUCCCACAAGAAGCACAUCUGUAUUCGAUGUGGAUGAUACUGCUAAAGGUGAUGACAACAAAUCGUAUUUAAUAUCCUCUUAUUUUAAUGGACCACGAGGUAUUCUGGAUGACCAUCGAUCAGAUCCCGCAGUUGAAAAUAGAUUUGAGAAAAGUUAUUCUGCCCAAUCACUUGUCCCAAUGGUAAAGUCGACACACAGUGCUGAAGAUGUUCCAAUUUACGCCAAAGGACCAUUUAGUGAAUUGUUUCAUUCUUCAUGUGAUAAUACCUUCAUAGCACAUGUCACUAUGUAUUCACUUUGUGUUGGACCAUAUGCAAAUGAAACACAUUGUUCCCGUGAACGUAAUGGAUCGAAUCGGAGUUUAUUUCAACUGAAUUAUUACUUGAUUUCAUUCGCUAUUAUAUUAUACCAUGCUUUUAAUUGA